AGGUGAAAAAAAACACUAGUUGCCCUCCAUGCUGUAUGUUUUAUAAAUAGCAGUCGAAGUGGAAUUUUAUAUUUAUUUGGUUCACCGUGUUAUAGCAAAUUACAUUGUUUAACUAUUAUGAAAUAUAUUUUUCGUUAUGUACUCAAUGAUAAACUAACGAAGCUCGUACAGUCUGACAAGACUGACAUCUACUGGAGGGUAAAUGUAACAGCAAUGUUGAAUCCAUAUGUUUGCACAUGGAGGGGAAAAUACGUGACUUCCUUUGCAGGGUCGCAGGGGGGCGCUGCAGACAAUCACAACGUCAAGUGUAAGUGAGGUUCACUCAUGAUACAGGUUGUAUCUAUGGAAAGAGCGCUAACCACUUUUAUCGAUUUGUCCAUGUUGUUUGUCCAAGCGGGGUUUUUUGUUAUGUUAUCCGAGCCUUUCCACAGCUAUUCAUGCCGCCAUUAACAAGUGAACAACGAGCCAAAAAAUAUGAAGUUCAUGUAUUGGAGAGUGAGAACCACAAGUGAAGGUUAGGUUGGCUAAAAGAAACUCAGCUGCUCUGUAAAUCUUUAAAAUGUCAAAAUAUGAUAACAAACCUUAAUUCUUGCCUCGAAUUACAUUAAAAUGCUGUUGAUAAAAAAAAAAAGAAAAGCUAGGCUAAGCUAUGCUAGUCUAAGCUAACCUUGCUAACAACCGCAGCCGUUUUUCUUUUUCUGCGGAAUUUAUAGCUCUACGUAUUAUGGUUUGCAUUACUGUCAUCCAAUGGGACUUUUGUUCAUUGAAAAAUAUGUCAAGCCAGAGUUAUUUAGCCCACAGAAAGGGAAAACAAGAAAAUAAAGAGUACAGAAACCAUGUUGUUAAACACAGCACCAUACAGUAGGUGUCCUGUGACAUGAAAUGACUGCUGGAAAAUCUGAUAAUUAUUUUAAAAACAAAGUCCAGACAGAAGAUCUCAUUUUUAAGUUUUUUUUUAUAUUAAUUUUAGGUCAGCAUAAGUAUAAAUAUUCAAAUGGUUCACCAAACAGACAAAGUGCUGUUACUCCAAGACACGUAAUAAUGGGCCAUUAUUAAAGAUCACUCAGGAGAAAUGGAAACUGGCAUUCUAGUGACAUGGGCUGUGCCCUAGAAACAGUUUCCACUCUCAAAGCAGCAGCAGCAGGAGGAGGAGGAGGAGGAGGUGUUUAGGUAGUGGGGUACUUUCUUCAAACAGCCAAGCAGGGGUUAAUAAUCCCUCAUUUCACGUGAACCUUCAGUGGCAGCAGUCUGUGAAAUUUCCAGCAUGGUUUACAUGAGCACAGACUGAGAGCUGCUCUCCUCAUCUCUGUGGAGCUCACGUAACGUUUGAAUAUAUAUAUUUUUUUCGUGAUAUGCUUGUAGUUGUUUUAUCACUGAGCGUUUCUGUUGUUAUUGGAGCUGCUUGACCUACGGUAAGGUGAGGGCGGGGGAAGGCUGCCCCGUGGAGGGAAGACUGGGUGUAAAAUGUGAGGUGUGAUCACAACAUCCUGCUGUACGAGCCGCCUCACUUCACCAGUCAAGUUCAAUUUGGAGUCUGAGAAAAAUAAUGGACAUAAUGAACAUAACACUUCAGUGCGUGCUGGUUUUCUUCACUCUGUAUGUACAGGAGGCACUGUCAGAGGAUUUUGAAGCACACCUCGGAGAAAAAGUUAACUUACAGAGAGCAAAACGGCAAAGCAAACCAACAAAACCAGUGCUCAAGGUGACCAACUACCAUGUCAGGUGUUCUGUUGUGUCCCGCUAUGCUGUUACUACAGUCCAGAGCUCAGUGUGGAACCAGCUCCCCAUCAUUAAGGAAGCAGCCUUUGAGGUGGACCUGCCAUCUUCUGCCUUUAUCUCCAACUUUACAAUCACCUCUAACGACAAGGUGUACGUGGCCCAGGUGAAGGAAAGAGCUGCUGCCAGGAAAAUAUACGACGCUGCUAAAAAGCAGGGAAAAACCGCUGGACUCGUUGCCACCAAAGAAAGGGAGAUCGAGAAGUUCCGUGUGGCGGUGAGCGUGCCCUCAGGUGCCCAUGUCUCCUUCUGUCUGACCUAUGAAGAACUCUUACCUCGGCGUCUGGGCCGAUAUGAACUCAGUCUGGGUCUGAGGCCUGGACAACCUGUGGAGAACCUGACUGUAGAUGUCAGUAUAGCAGAGCGAACAGGCAUCAACUUCAUCAAAGUUCUGCCACUGAGGACCAGCCGACUGCUGUCAAACACUGGGAAAGGUGAUGCUGACGCUCCGGCCUCCACUCAUGUUGAGCAGCGAAGCAGCUGCGCUCGAGUUCGCUACAAUCCCACUAUGCAGCAGCAGAACAGCAUCUCUGCCAAGGGCCUGGAUGCAGACUUUGUCAUCCAGUAUGAUGUGGACCUGCGAGACCUCUUAGGUGAUGUCCAGGUGCAUGAUGGGUAUUUUGCACAUUAUUUUGCACCCAGAGGGCUUCCUGUGGUUCCUAAGGAUGUCAUUUUUGUCAUUGAUGUCAGUGGCUCCAUGAUUGGAACCAAGAUCAAACAGACCAAACAGGCCAUGAGCACCAUCCUGACAGACCUGAGGGAGGGCGACCACUUCAACAUCAUAACCUUCUCAGACAAGGUCCAAACUUGGAAGAAAGGUCGAACGGUGCGAGCCACUCGGCAGAAUGUGAGAGAUGCCAAGGAUUUUGUGAAGAGGAUCAUCGCUGAAGGAUGGACCAACAUCAACGCGGCUCUCCUUUCUGCUGCUCAACUCGUCAAUCCUCCGCCUCUGGAUUCACGUGGCCAACAAUCAUCUCGCCGUGUUCCCCUGGUGAUUUUCCUCACUGAUGGAGAAGCUACCAUUGGAGUAACUGCCGGUGACACCAUCCUCAGUAACGCCAGGAAGGCCUUGGGCUCGGCCUCUCUGUUUGGUCUUGCCUUUGGCGAUGAUGCAGACUUCCUCCUUCUGAGACGCUUGGCUCUCAACAACCGAGGUGUAGCCAGAAUGGUGUACGAGGAGGCAGACGCAGCUCUGCAGCUGAAGGGUUUCUACGAUGAAGUCGCUAGCCCUCUGCUUUCAGACAUCCAACUUUCCUACCUGGACGAACAAGCCUUCGAUAUUACCAUCUCAUUGUUCCCAAACUACUUCCAAGGCUCCGAGCUUGUUGUUGCCGGAAGAGUCAAACCAGGGGUCAAGGAUUUGAAGGUGUCGUUGUUCGCCACUGAUUCCAAGCAACGUGUAAAGUUGGAGAACGAUGUGUUGGUCUCUGAGGCAGAGCGUAAUGAGAGCACAGCUUUACCAAACUGUUCUGCUUCUCCAGAAGGUGUAUCCAGUUUUGUGCAUCGCCUUUGGGCUUAUUACACCAUCAAAGAGCUGCUGCUGGCCAAACUGAACACUACUGACCUUUCAGCACAGAGGUUACUGGCAGAGAAAGCUACAAAUCUUUCCAUUAAAUAUAACUUUGUAACACCGUUCACCUCUUUAGUUGUAGUCAAGCCAGAUGCAGAUGAAGCUGCUCCCACUCCAACCACUCCAAAACCAACAACAACAGCCACUACAACCCCAACAGUAACAACCACUACACCAAAAAUAUCAGCUGAUGCAGCUGUGAGAAAGCACAGUGCAGCUUCAAAGUCUAGACCGACCAAAACGAAACCAGAGACUCCUCAGCCACCUCCAAAUCCACCACAGAUUAAAAAGAGCUCUCCACCAACCUCCACAGCAAAGACACCUGCCAGGAAAACCACAACCUCAAGUCCCAGCUCCAGCAGAACUGCUCCAGCUCCAUUAUCCAGCAGAAAAUAUAAUCCGCCCCGAAAUAGUUCAAAAAGUCUUUCUCCGCCUGUUCUUCCUGCUGGAAAGAUCUCCUCCUCCCUGCUUAAUGUCCUUAAAACUGCAUCACCACCUGGACCUGGAAAACUCUCCAGCUCUCAGUCCAGUGCAGUAAAGACGACCAGUCCUUCAACGACAAUUACCACCACGCCUCCGUUCACUUCAGUCAAAAACAACACUGCUCCCUUACUCAGCAGAUAUUUUACCCCACAGCUCAGCACACUGUCGACAGCGACCUCCACGGAGGCCGAUGUCAGCAGCACGUCUGCUCCCGACGUUCAUCAGUCUGGAACCAACACCUCUCUGUCUGAACAGUCUCCUCCUCCUCCUCCUCCUCCAUUCUCUUCUGUGGAAGACAACAACAACACUAAUGCUGCUGUUGACUCAGACGUCAACAUCGCCACACUGGUGUCAGCGACCUUUGCUCCCAUGCCUGGUGCUACAGAUGGGCCUCGAUUAUGGGAGGCAGCGGGGCUUCUGGAUGUCUCUACUUCUAUUCAGUUUCAGAGAAAAGAUAUUGACCUUGUGAAAGACUAUGACGCCACCUAUGACUAUGACUAUGACCUCAACUAUGAUACCUGGGACGAUAGCCCUGAUACAGGAUCGUUUGAGUCUCCGUCCGUACACAGUACCGUCAGGGUCUUCUCAUCAGUCGAUGGAGAUCCUCAUUUUGUGGUCCAGCUGCCGAAGAUGCAUCAGAGUCUGUGUUUCACAGUAGACGGCAGAGCCAAUGAUGUUCUCAGACUUUUAGAGGACUCAGAGAAAGGAAUCAUUGUAGAUGGACACCUGAUAGGAGCUCCCUCUAACCAUGGAGCCGAGGACCGCCCCAGAACCUACUUUGACCAGCUCACCAUCUCCACAGCCAGGGCAGGGUCUGCUGGAAUCAUGAUCACCAUUUCACUGGACACUGUUGUGCUAGAAGGUGAAGGGCGGGAUGUUCUUCCCAUCAAUCAGCAGGGGUCAGUGACGAGACAAGGUGUGACAGUAGCUGUGGACAACCAUAAAAACUGCUGGAUCCAGUUGGCCAAACACAUACGGUUCCUGGUACUGUUCCACCACUAUAAACACCCCAGUUACCUCCAGAAGGCUCACCUGGGUUUUUACAUCACUGAUGGACAAGGUCUGUCCACUUCAACCCAAGGACUUUUAGGUCAGUUUCAAAACGCAGACAUGGACGUAACAGUGCUGAAGAACCACAUGGACAGAGGAGCUCCCCGACCCAGUAAGGAUGGACUUCUAGCCAGAGGUACACUGAGGUGGGGGUCAGAGCACAUGUCAGUCACUUUGCAAGACAAGACACUAAAAGACACGGUGCAGAGACGUCACGUGGGCAAAUGCUGGGUGGUGCCGAAGGCAGAGGUGCAGAGACUUCUGGGUCAUCCGUACAAGAGCUACGUGGUUGAUCAUGUGUAAUUCUAGCUGAGUCAGCUCCACCUCAGCGCCUCUUAGUCACCAGCAGCAGUUAUCGUGGCAGGGUUACUGAACAAAGGACGAGCUGCCACUGUCUUUGAGCCGUGUAGGCUGCUGUGAAAAGCAGGUGUGGUUACAAAACAGGGACUGAGCGAGUGGAGGAGACGCCACAAACGUUCCACCUUCAAAAACCAUAAUGAAGGACUAAACCGUUCUUUGUACAUUCGCCUGAAUUUUAAUGUGAGUGCAGCUCUGUGUUGUGCAUCUAUGACAGAGACAUGAUGUUCUGCUGAUGGCAUGGCAACAACAAAAUGUCACUUUGUGCUGCAGCACUUUGAGCCUCACACAUCAGAUCUGUUCUUAACCUCAGCGAUUAUAAGCGGACUGUUUGGAUAUUUAAUGAUUAUUAAACAGAGAUCUCAGAAUAAAUAGUUUAAACAUUAUCAUUAUAUUUAUUUUGGCUACGAAUGUUUAAAAAAAACUAGUUUGUAUUUGUAUGUUUAGAUUUUGUCCAUAUAACAUCAUUAGCCUGGUCAGAAGAUGUGAGUCACCUUAAAGUAUUUUCAAGUGUUUACUUUUUUUUUUCUAAAACCAGAGAUCUUUACAAUUUAAGAAACAAUUUGUUGCAUUCAGGUAGAAACUUAUUUCACAGACGUAAAACUUCCCAGGGUCAGAGCAAGGUCAAAACCUGCGCGGUUAUUCGCACAAACCAGUGAUGUGCCUUCUGUAAAUGUAUCAACCUAAUAUAUCCAACAAAUAAGACUUGGUUGAGGUUUAUUUUUAUUUUUAAAAAAAACUUUUCUUGGACCUCCUAAUGUCAACAAUCGGGUUGUGUGAAGUGAUUUCUCAGUUGUGUAAAGUAAGAUAUAAAUCGAAUGAUUAUUUGGGGAACAGUUGAAGGAAAUCACAUUAUAUUUUAAUCCUCGUCUCGUCCUGAUCUGGUUACUGUUUAACAAAGAAACAAAAAAGAACCCACAACUGCAAAUUUUUCACGUUUGCCAUGUGCUUUUUUUUUUUUAUUUUUCUAUCAUUUCAUUCGUAGUUUAAUUUUAUUUUAUAUGUUACACAAGACAUUAGGCAUUGUUCACAUACUAGUGAUCACACAAGGACAGUAAGUUUUCUACUACUCAGCCUGAACGAUUCAUCUUGCCGAAUUCCAGGGAUAUUGUCAAAUCGUGAUUUUCAGCGGCCGAAUUUGAUGAAAAUCAAAACGGUACAAUCACACAUGAGGCUUUUUGUUUUCAAUAAAUAAAAAAGAGAGAGUAAGAGUCGAGUAUUUGAUGUGCAGUAAGGGCAGAGAAAGGAGGGCUUCAAAAAAAAAAGAGUAAACAUUAUUCCAGUUUUUAAU